UGCUGGAGCCUUCGAGAAAUGGCAUGCUGAUCAGUACGGAUUAUAUUUUGUGUUCGAAGGACCAAGAAGCAGAACAAACAUUCUUAUAAUGUCUUUGCAAGCACAGAGGCCACUCAGCUGGCGAACAGUCUUCCAAGAGAGAGGAAGCAAUUUGAAGCUCAAACCAUUUACUGGGUUUUCUCCUCAUGGAAGAUAUUCUUCAUGGUUCAAAGGAGACCUGGCAAGUGGGGUUUCAUACCAAAUUACUGCCAGUUCAGCUGAUUUUUCAAGGAGGAGACAGAGAAAAAUGACCACUCCUUCUAACAGCCCUGGUCCCAAGGGAUUAGUGCCAAAAACUCCAGUAGGAACUAGCGUCCAGAAGACGAAUCAAAAGAGUAAUGGGGAUAAAAAGGGUUCUAUAUCUUCAACAUCCAGUGAACUUGCUGGGCCCAACAAGAAAACAAUUGAAUUGAGAGUUGAUACCAAAGGAGAAUGGGCAGUUGAACCUUCACAAGAGAAUGAUGUCGAGGAAAAAAGAAUUGGUGAAACUAGUAGUAAAGUUGAGGGAUCAUCUUCAAUUAGCAAACCGUCAGAUAUUGCUAGAGGUAUUCAAGGGAUAGAAAAUGGGAGUGUAGGUAAGGUCCUUGAGGACUUGGCAGAGAUACAGCCAAAAGGAACAGCUUCCAAGGGUGAUGAUGAGAAUGUGGCAGAAGCAAUACUUUCUGACAAACAGCGUUUGGCUAAAAGAAAGAUGGAUGACUCUGUGGAUGACAAAGGCACUGAUACUGAUAAAAAGUUAACCAAUGAAGCUUCUUUAAAAUCAAAGUUGGAAAUGGAAGAAAAAUUGCGUGAAGAGGAGAUUGUGAGGCUUGCUGAGGAGAACUUCUUAAGAGGGAACAAAAUCUUUGCCUAUCCUCAGGUGGUGAAACCUGAUCAAGGUAUAGAUAUUUUUCUUAAUAGAAGUCUAUCCACCCUAAGCAAUGAGCCAGAGAUUUUCAUAAUGGGAGCCUUUAAUGACUGGCGGUGGAAAUCUUUUACCUUCAGGUUGAACAAAACACAACUCAAAGGGGAUUGGUGGUCUUGCCAGUUUCAUGUUCCUAAAGAAUCAUAUAAGAUAGACUUCGUGUUCUUCAAUGGUCAAAAUGUUUAUGACAAUAAUGAUGAGAAAGAUUUCUACAUAGCCGUGGAAGGUGGAAUGGACCUCAUUGCAUUUGAAGAUUUCUUGCUUGAUGAGAAGCGCAAAGAACUAGAGAAACUUGCAAAGGAGCAAGCUGAGAGGGAAAGGCAAGCGGAGGAGCAGAGGCGAAUUGAAGCAGAGAAGGCAGCAAGUGAAGCUGACAGAGCAGAGGCAAGAGCAGAGAUUGAAAGGAGACGAAAAAUGGUGCAAGAGUUGAUAAAAAAGGCUGUAAGGUCUGUAGAGAAUGUUUGGUACAUAGAGCCUAGUGAGUUUAAAGGUGAGGACUUGGUGAACUUAUACUAUAACCGAAGCUCAGGUCCUCUUGCUCAUGCUAAGGAACUAUGGAUUCAUGGGGGGCAUAAUAAUUGGAAGGAUGGAUUAUCUAUUGUUCAGAGGCUAGUUAGCUCUGAGAAAAAGGAUGGUGACUGGUGGUAUGCCAAUGUUGUUGUACCUGAUCAAGCUGUUGUCUUGGAUUGGGUUUUUGCCGAUGGACCACCUCAAAAUGCUGUUCUAUAUGAUAACAACCACCGCCAUGAUUUCCAUACGAUAGUUCCAAAGUCCAUUCCUGAGGAACUAUAUUGGGUUGAGGAAGAACACCAGAUAUAUAGGAAGCUCCAGGAGGAGAGGAGAUUAAGGGAGGAGGCAAUACGUGCCAAGGCCGAAAGAACAGCACGUAUGAAAGCAGAAAUGAAGGAAAGAACUUUGAAAAGGUUUUUGCUGUCUCAGAAGCAUAUAGUGUACACUGAGCCUCUUGAUGUUCAAGCUGGAAGCAUGGCAACGGUCUUCUACAAUCCUGCCAGUACAGUUCUGAAUGGAAAGCCUGAGGUUUGGUUCAGAGGCUCUUUUAACCGUUGGACCCAUCGCAAGGGUCCAUUGCCACCACAGAAGAUGUUACCUGCAGAGACUGGUUCUCAUGUCAAGACAACUGUUAAAGUUCCGCUCGAUGCAUAUGUGAUGGACUUUGUUUUCUCUGAGAAGGAAGAUGAUGAAGGACUCUUUGACAACAAAAACGGUACGGAUUACCACAUUCCAGUGUUUGGAGGAGUUUUGAAGGAGUCACCAAUGCACAUUGUUCAUAUUUCUGUUGAAAUGGCUCCCAUUGCAAAGGUUGGAGGGCUUGGUGACGUGGUUACUAGUCUAUCCCGAGCUGUGCAAGACUUAAAUCACCAUGUUGACAUUAUUCUUCCCAAGUAUGACUGUUUGAACCUUAGCAAUGUGAAGGAAUUCCAGUACAACAGAAGCUAUUCUUGGGGCGGAACUGAAAUAAAAGUUUGGUUUGGUAAAGUGGAAGGUGUUCCAGUCUACUUUUUGGAGCCUCAUAAUAGAUUCUUUUCUACAGGUUGCAUAUAUGGUUGUAAGAAUGAUGCAGAGAGAUUUGGUUUCUUUUGCCAUGCUGCUCUAGAAUUUUUACUCCAAAGUGGAUUUCAUCCUGAUAUCAUUCACUGCCAUGAUUGGUCUAGCGCACCUGUUGCCUGGUUAUAUAAAGAUCAUUACAUGCAUUAUGGUCUUAGUAAAGCUCGGGUUGUCUUCACAAUUCAUAACCUUGAGUUUGGAGCCCACUUUAUUGGAAAAGCUGUGGGAUACUCAGACAAGACCACAACUGUAUCCGACACUUAUGCUAAGGAGGUUGCUGGAAAUCCUGCAAUUGCUCCACAUCUCUACAAGUUCCAUGGUAUAAUAAAUGGAAUUGAUCAAGAUAUCUGGGAUCCAUACAAUGAUAAAUUCAUUCCUAUAUCAUAUACUUCUGAAAAUGUUGUUGAAGGCAAACAAGCUGCCAAGGAAGCCUUGCAACAAAGGCUUGGUCUGAAAACAGCCGAUCUCCCUGUAGUAGGUAUUAUUACUCGCUUAACUCACCAGAAAGGAAUCCAUCUCAUCAAGCAUGCCAUUUGGCGUACCUUGGAACGCAAUGGACAGGUUGUAUUGCUUGGUUCAGCUCCAGAUCCUCGGAUCCAAAAUGAUUUUGUAAAUUUGGCAAAUCAAUUACGCUCUUCUUAUGGUGACCGUGCGCGCCUUUGUUUGACUUAUGAUGAGCCACUCUCACAUUUGAUAUACGCUGGUGCUGAUUUCAUCUUAGUUCCUUCAAUUUUUGAGCCAUGCGGACUGACACAACUCAUAGCAAUGAGAUAUGGUUCUAUACCUGUUGUUCGUAAAACUGGAGGACUUUACGAUACUGUAUUUGAUGUUGACCAUGACAAAGAGAGAGCAGAUGCCCAGGGUGUUGAACCAAAUGGAUUCAGCUUUGAUGGAGCUGACACUGCUGGUGUCGAUUAUGCUCUGAAUAGGGCUAUCUCUGCUUGGUAUGAUGGGCGGGAUUGGUUCAACUCGUUGUGCAAGACAGUGAUGGAGCAAGAUUGGUCUUGGAACAAGCCAGCUCUCGACUACAUGGAGCUUUAUCACGCAGCACGGAAGUGAAUAUAAGAUAUCAGAUACUCAGAGAUGGUUUUGUACAGGUUCAGUGAUAGAUUUCCAUAAUUUUUCUCAUUCAGUAGCUUAAAGAGCUGCAUAUAGUUCACCCAAGUGAAAUAAUGCAAAGGUGACACCAGUUGUGGAGCUAAAAAUGGUUCAUCCAUUUUUCUGUUACAUAUGUUAAUAGGUUGCUUUGUAGCGUUUUAGCGUAUCCUUUGUACUGAGCAAUAAUUUGUUGAUUAUAAUUAUUUCAAUGUACCAUAAAAGGUGAUUGUGAGAGUAAAGAGAGAGUUCAGAAUACAAA